CAAAUUCAUAUUCAAGCAGAUGGGAAUCGUUCUUGGGAAACUUCUAAUACGAAUAGGACUAACACUUGACGAUCAAACUUAAAUUCUAGCACGAGCGCCUCUUUUCGUUGAAUAAAAGAAGCUAUCUAUGCAUCCUAAUGGCAUAUAACUGCAUUGCUUUGUAUUGGAUCUGAAGCGCUAGCAGUUUACUAUAAUGAAUAGUGGAAAGGGAUGGAGAGCCUUGGGAGUGGUGUGUAUGUGGGGGUUCUUUCUUGUAACAGCUCAGGAAGAGAUAAAAGUACUGAGUAGAAGUGGGUUUCCACCUGGAUUUAUAUUCGGUACAGCUUCUGCUUCUUAUCAGUAUGAAGGAGCUGCUAGGGAAGGAGGAAAAGGCCCAAGCAUCUGGGAUACUUUCUCCCAUAUCCCAGGGACAAUCGCUGAUGGGAGCAAUGGGGAUGUUGCUGUGGAUCAGUACCACCGCUAUAAGGAAGAUGUGAAAAUGAUGAAGGAUAUGGGCAUGGAUGCAUAUAGGUUUUCUAUUUCCUGGUCAAGGAUAUUACCGUAUGGUUCGGUCAAAGGUGGAAUUAACAAAGUUGGAGUGGCCUACUACAACAAUCUCAUUAAUGAACUCUUAAAACAUGAUAUCAAACCUUUCGUGACCCUGUUCCAUUGGGACCUUCCGCAACCUCUGGAGGAUAACUAUGGAGGCUUUCUUAGCGAAAAUAUCGUGAAAGAUUUUGAAGCUUACGCUGAACUGUGCUUUCAAGAGUUUGGCGAUCGAGUGAAGCACUGGAUUACAUUAAACGAACCUUAUUCCUACGCAUAUGCAGGAUAUGACGUUGGGCUAAUCGCACCGGGCCGCCAUUCCUCUUCUAAUGGAAGUUCAAGCACAGGAAAUUCGGCAACAGAGCCAUAUAUUGUGGGGCAUAAUCUUCUCCUUUCUCAUGCAGCUGCUGUGCGUGUAUAUAAGAGCAAGUAUCAGGCGGCACAGAAGGGAUUGAUCGGAAUUACAAUAGUGAGCCACUGGUUUCUUCCCUAUUCAAAAUCACAUUCUGACCACAAAGCCGCCCAAAGGGCCAUAGAUUUUAUGUUUGGUUGGUAUAUGGAUCCAAUUACAAAAGGGAGAUACCCCACAGCCAUGAGACAGCUUGUUGGCGAGCGGUUACCCAAAUUUACUGUCCGUCAAUCUACCAUUGUGAAAGGUUCAUUUGAUUUUCUGGGCUUAAAUUAUUACACAGCUCUCUACGCUGCUGAUGUUUUAACGCCACCCAAUCCCCUUAACGCGAGCUAUACAUUGGACUCUCAAUCUAAUCUAACAGCUGCGAGAAAUGGUAUGCUCAUCGGACCACAGGCAGGAUCGAGUUGGCUUCACGUGUAUCCGCGUGGUAUACAAGAGCUGUUGAAGUAUAUUAAACGCAGAUAUGACAAUCCCCUCAUUUUCAUCACGGAAAAUGGUAUUGAUGAAAAAAAUGAUGAUACAUUGUCAUUGGCACAAUCUCUUAAUGAUACUUGGCGAAUUAAUUAUCACUCAAAGCAUUUAUCACUUGUUCAACGAGCAAUAAGGGUUGGAUCUAACAUACAAGGUUACUUUGCAUGGUCUUUGUUAGACAACUUCGAGUGGGUAAAUGGCUAUACAGUUCGAUUUGGUCUUCAUUACAUAGAUUAUAAGAAUAACUUAAUUCGAUAUCCAAAAGCAUCUGUUUAUUGGUUUCAAAAAUUCUUGAAAUAAAUAAAUUAUAAAAUGCAUUGUGUAUCAACAAUAAGAGCUAUACUACAACUUUAAUCCUUACCAAGCAUUGCAAGGAUAGUAUGAAAAAGUCACAAUGUAUGUGGUUUUCUAUAGAGAGUUUUCUUUUCACUAAGUUGUUCAAUCAUGGCUUCAAUUUACA